UGAAUGUCUGCAGGACAUGCUUAACGUUCGUCUACCCGUGUUCUGCUACUAGCAACCUGCGGGGUUGGCACAUAGAUGCACAGAGACUGGCUUACUGCUCCUCUCGGGAGCUCUCUAUGACAGAAACCAGAAGGCAGAGCAGCAGAUUAUUCACAACUACAUGAGAUUUGCAUGUUGAGCAGUUUAUGUGUUGUUGCAUCUAGCUUUAGAAAGGCAGUUUCUGUUUCAGGGCAAGUUGUUGUCCCUUGCUCUGUGUUUUUGGUCUCAGACUAGCUCAUUAGUUAGCUGUUCAGUUGACUUUUCAUCCCUCCACUGUUUUGAAGUUGCCUUUUGAACUUUUGCCAUCAUGUGGGAGUUCAGAUCCAUGUCUUUCUGGCGGGCGGUGUUCGCCGAGUUCUACGGCACCAUGUUCUUUGUGUUCUUUGGGCUGGGGGCAGCCCUCCGCUGGACCACCGGGCCCCACAAUGUCCUUCACGUUGCCUUUUGCUUUGGGCUGGCGGCCGCCACCCUCAUCCAGUCCAUCGGCCACAUUAGCGGAGGACACAUCAACCCAGCCGUUACCUUUGCCUACCUGAUCGGCUCUCAGAUGUCCGUGUUCCGUGCUUUCUUCUACAUCGUCGCCCAGUGUCUCGGAGCUCUGGCUGGUGCUGCUGUCCUCUACGGUGUCACACCUAACAAUAUGAGGGGAAACUUGGCACUGAACACGCUGCAGCCAGGCAUCAGCCUGGGCAUGGCCACCACAAUAGAGGUCUUCCUCACCCUCCAGCUUGUCGUCUGCAUCUUUGCCGUGACGGAUGAGAGGCGCAAUGGACGCCUGGGUUCUGCCGCUCUGGCCAUCGGCUUCUCUGUGCUCAUGGGGCAUCUUCUUGGGAUGUACUACACUGGAGCAGGAAUGAACCCAGCAAGAUCCUUUGCCCCGGCUGUCAUGGUCAGGAAUUUCAUCAACCACUGGGUCUACUGGGUGGGUCCUAUGAUCGGCGGUGCCAUGGGAGCCCUGCUGUACGACUUCAUGCUGUUCCCCCGCAUGCGCGGCCUCUCCGAGAGGCUCGCCACACUGAAGGGCACCCGGCCCCCAGAGGCGGAGGGUCAGCAGGAGACCAGGGGAGAGCCCAUCGAGCUCAAGACUCAGGCCCUAUAAGCCUGGAGCAGAAGAUUGGCUUCCUGACCCCCAUCCCCUCUCCUGUGACACCUCACUCUGCACCCUCAGUUCCCGGUCCAUCCUCAGCCCACACACUGUUUUUGCACACAUACCUCUUCCCCCACCUUCACGCAUGCUAACACACACCCCGAACACCUUUGUCAUCCUCGUUCUGUAUCCAGAACUGGACCUGCUGAAUCACAGUGAAAGGGCACCCACCGCCCUGACCAUCUUUCCCGAUGUCACCUCGACCUUCGUUCUCCUCUCACCCCUUGGAGUGCAGGACAAAGAUGGAGGGUUAGAAGAAGACUUGCCACUGAAGGAAGCACCCUGUGCCCUGUGGUGUUGGGAGUCGGUCGCUUCUGACUGACCAGGUGGCUUUAACUGCUCAGGACAGGGGCCGCUAUAUCUAUCUUUCCUUUUCCUUUCUCUCUCUUUCUGUUUUUCUGCCUAUUUUGUAGUCUGCUAGGAGUGAAGCUACAGUAGAGCAGUGGACUUCUGCAUGCUUUUCCAUUUUGAUCCAGUGUGAUCUCGCCCUUUGUUUGUUUUGUUUCAUGAACUUUGGGUAAAUUGCAUGUGGUUAAUUGUACCUUACCAGUAUUUAUUUGGCUUCUAUUUUUUUUAGCUGUUUGUGUGUGUGUGUGUGUGUGUUUGUGUGUGUGUGUGACAGGAAGAAUGAGAGGGAGUGCAUUCAUGUCUGCGUGCAUGCGUAUGCUUGUGUGCUUGUUUUAACAGAUGAUUUUUUUUCUUCAAUUUUCAAUGCCACAAUCCUGUCUGUAUUGUGAGUUUUUUUUCUGAUUUUCAUGCAAGCUUAUUUAGGGAAGGAUGCUGCCUUUUCCUCACAACCUCACUGAAAAGUUUAAUACACAAGUUCUACAAUUUUUGUGUUUAGAGUGGUUACAUUUUUAUAUGAGAUGAAAAAAAAAAAAUAAGACACACGUUUGAGUUACAUCUCAAAGCCAAACUCAAACAGACUGUGUCUCAUUUAGUGAAGCUCACAAGCACAUUCAUAAGUAUCGUAAGACAGCCACCCCUCCCUCCCCCCCAAAAAAGAAAAUCGUACUAAACUAUCUGAUUUUUUCUGAGUUCAGUGAUCAAUCCGGUUACAAUUGUAAAUACGUAAACCAAAAUCAGUGGGAAAUGUGCAGGGUUUAACUUUGUCCUGAACACUUUCGAGCAGCGCUUACCACAGAUUAAUGUACAGGUGUGUAACAGUUGGUUUGCUUUUACUUUUGCGUGCAUGCCAUGGAAAAAACAAAGAGAGAGCAAACCUGACAAGCCGUCACGAGAAACAGGCGUUUUCCACUUGAAUUGUGUUGUUUGACAUGACUGAAUGGUCUCUGUACAUGAACUCGAGGUUAGAAAUGAAAGGGUGCAUGAGUUGUGGUGGCUUCUUGCUGGUGUUAGCUAGCAAACACCUGGGGCCCUCUCUUUUCUGCACGGAGCUCGGCGGGAGCUCUCCGGGAGUGGGAUGUUUUCUCCUUCUCCCUCUUUGAUAUUCGGAAAAGAGAGGAGGUCAUCGCGAGGCGUCUGAAAUCUUCGGUGUGUUUGUUACGGGGGUGGUAGAUGUGCGCCUUUAUUUUAAUCCAGUCUACACAAAAGAGAAUGAACUUUGAAGCUGAACUGGCCCGUGUCCCCUCUCUCUUCCAUCCCGCUUUCGUUCACCCUACCUCCUCCCUUUGUUUACGAGGCAGCCAUAUUGUUCUGCUCUAAUGAGGGGACAUCUACAGCUGCUGGGAUGGAGGGAAGGGGGCAUUUCACCACCAACAUGUUAGCUGAUUCUCUUUCUGCUUUCACAUUUUUUAUUUUUUUUUUCAGUGUGAUUUCCCUGACAGUGGUUGAGUAGAAUUUACAUUUUAAUGACCUGUUGAAAUUAGAUUUUCUAAUGGAAAAGCUUUGUGAUGUACAGUGUAAAGUUUCUUCUUCUUCUUUUUUUUUUUUUUUUUUUUAAAUGAUUGUUGAAACUGGAUGGAUAGGAAAUAUAAUUUGGUAGUCGUGCGAUGUCUCCUCUAUGGCUGAUGGGUUGUGGAAGUGAUUGUGUUAAGACACCAAUAUGCUUUCAUUCACUGGACAGCCUUCAUGGAAACAGGCAUGCCUUCCCAGUCAAAAUGCCACAGAUUCAUAAUUUUUAUAUGUAUAAAAAAAAAAAAAAAUCUGAAAAUUC